GCGGCAGAUUUGAUUGACAAAUUUUGCUUGCAAUCAAAUGGAUGCUAUUGGAGUGGAGGAUGCACUCUACCUAACAAGAUAUGGCAAAGCACUUGGAUUUAAAGGGAAUGUCAACAUUCACGGGACUGUGAUAGCUGUCAGUGAAAUUUUCAGAGUAAAAGAUGACCUUGUGACACUGAUCAAGUUGAAGGGACAUAGCAAUGCCAGUGUAUCUGUUAUGGUUCUUUACAGAAAGAGGCCUGUUGGAGAAGGGGAUGGUCAGCAUGGAACAGUUAACUCAUCUUGGCAACUGCUCCAAAAGUGGAAAGAGAAACUUGAAAUUAACCAUGAAGCUGUCAUCUCGAAAUUGAAACUGACAGUCUUAUUUAAGGGUACAGAUAAGGAGGAGACAACCUUCCGCACUGACGCAGCAUCUUCUUGUUUGAUGAAGGAAAAUGAAGAAACGUACAACAACUUCACAUUGGAAGACUGGUUUUACAAAUACCUUCGAAAAAUUAUCUCAACCAAAGACGUCACACUAUCAGAUAUAGCAGAGCCAAUACGUCUCAAGCUCUUUAAAGGGAGAGUCACUAGUUGUGAAGAUGCUGUCCAUGGUGUUUAUGAGUUGGAUCAAACAAGGAGAUUGUUCCUUACGAGAAUACCUACUGAAACAUGCUUUGAAAAGAUCAAGCCCGGCGCAAGAAUUUCAGUUUCUGUCCACCAUGAUCCCCAGGUUUUCAGUGAGGAUGAAGUCAUCUUUGGUUGUAUCCACAGCAGUGUUCAGCUCCUUGAACACCCAGACCAGCCAUCAGAAUCCAUGCCAUUUCGAUUUUCAACCAGUAGUGUUGCAUCCUUACUUUCGAGCCAUACAAUCUGCAAUAGACUGCUGUAUGAGGUCUGCAAACUUGAAAAGUCGAUUGUCCAGAGGUUCAAUCUGUCAAAGAAUAGACAUCGAGCCGGAGUCAUACUUCAUACAGUUCUUACCCAGCCGCUGCUGUCCUCACUGGAGAUAAUACCCCCAAAGACAGGAAACAGGAAUAUAAAUGAAGUUGAGGAGUUCCUGAAAGACAGUUGUUUUGAGAAUCAGGACUGUGGUCUCCCUUGCACUUUCCCAACUAUAGCUGACCUUCUCUCCAUCCCGAUGAGACACAGAGACGACGCCCCCUCGGAUCACAAACAAGGGUGGUCGGCCAAAUGUUUCAAAUCUUCCGAUUUCAAUCCACCCCAGGCUCUGCUGGGGGUCCUACAUACGAACAAAACAAACGGCCACGUUGAAUUGCAAGACAGCUACGGACAUAUUAGUGUUGUUAUUUCUGACGACCGGAAAGACAAAAGUCAUCAUUUGUGUUCGGAUAUACAGAGGACAGCCUCCAAGUGCUUCUGUGCAAAUGAGCGAAUAUCUCGGUGUUCUUAUGCUCAGACAUGGCUCUUGGAUCAUGUUGUCAGGAUAGACAAUUAUGAAGUUGUUGUCGAGACGUUUUCAUGCCAAGAUGGUUCCUCUGAUUCAAACUUAACAAAAUGUUACGUUCAGGUUUCUGCAAAAGAUGUACUGAUUUGUGAUAAAGUUUCGAUGAAAUCUAAGUCUGAGGUGCCGGGUUCUGAGGUCAGUGGAGUGCACAAGACACAAAGAAAGCAUGAGAAAUCUGUGAAGCUAGAAAAACCAGGUGCUCUGGAUUCAUAUCGAACUGGUGCUAAAGACAAAACUGCUAUAAGACAUAUAGCUUGUGCAGAAUCUGAGUGCGGAUACUCAAAUCCGCAAUCUUUACCAAGUGCUAAAAUGAAAUCACUUCAAAGUAAAGUGAACUCUAGUUGUGCUAAAUUAGAAUUCCAUGGUGCUAAAUCUGUAUCAGGUUGUGAUAAAGUGUCUACUAGUGGUUUUUGUGAAAGGAAAGAAUCAAGUGAUGUUAGAAUGACCCUUAUCGGCACAGGAACAGAACUUGGUGGUGCUAAAUGUAGUAGAAAAAUAACAGAAAUUCAGCCUAGUAUUGCACCACAAAUUUUGUCUCAGUCUUCAGAUUGUGAAUUUCUUGUCAUUUGUACAAAAGAAGGCCUGCAAAUGAAACAAUUCACCAGAACGACCGGUGAACUUUUUUUCAACAUCACUGGGUUUAAGCUCAGAGAAAAAAGAGGUGCUUCUGUGGGACAAACAGAUGCUAAUGGAAAUAGUGUACAGACUGUAAAAGCUUCACAAUUAAAAGAAGAAAGUGAAAAUAAAGACUGUGCAUCACAGGGCCAUUUAGUACCUUCAGAAAACUGUGAUGAAAACUUUACAUUCGAACGAAUUGCCUUGACCAUUAGUGGUGCACAAGUUAGGCUGUUUGAGGUCCUGCAUUGCAACUGUGUGUACAAGUUGACUGUGAAUCCCGCAUUGAUGCAGAGAGUCUUCAUUUCAAAUGUGCCAGCAGGAUUGAGAGGGAAAAGUCUGACAAAAACGUUCACCCUGAAUGAGAACUGUCAAGUUGAGAGAUUGCAAGACUUUGUUGUGUCGUCUGCUUUGUUUGAAAGUAUCAACAAAGUAGAGCCAGACGUCCUCACUGUUGCUGAAUUACUGAGAAGCAGGUCUGCAUUCCAUUCUAAUCAAGGAUCAAGUCAAGCAUUGGUUUCAGUCAAGGGUAUCGUCAACUCAAAGACUCUGAAAACAUUGGAUAGGAGAGCAACAAAUCUUCCAAAGAAAUGUAUUAAUUCACUAGGUCUAUCACCCUCUGGUGGCCAGAUCACUCUCACCCUGUCCGACCCCGAGACCUCUGAUGAGAUAUACCUUGGGCUACCAUGUGGAUCACACCCCUAUGCAUUAGGAGUACUGCCAGGAGCUACGAUCAUUGCCAGUCAAGUUGGGAGAAGGAGAUUGAACGGUCUGAAUUGCCUUCAGUUUGUAGCAGUUUCUAGCAUAAAAGUUCUGAAACGCACUGCAGAGCUUGUUACAACCAGUAAGAAGACCAUUAGUCCACCACAGAUGUCUCUAUUCCAAGUCUGGAAUGUUGAUGAGAUUGAGGAGAUCCAGUUCCAAUGUGUGGUCUUUGUGAGCGUUGUUCUGAAACUUACACUGGACCCUGUGUGCAUGCAUUGUGCAAGUCACUUUCAUAAUGGAAAUUGUACAGGACGUGGCUGUACCUCCAAUGCUGGGAUCAUCAAACCAGAGGCAAUAAUCAUUGGAGACGAUGGCACAUGUAAAGGACUUGUCUUCUGUAGAGGCGGUUCUGUUCAAGGACUUCUUGGCAUGUCUGGUGAAGCUUGGCUAGAGUUGGAGGAGUAUCUACUGAAUAAGGGUGGCUUUUACUAUGACAAGGCAAACCCAACCAAUGAAGUGAUUCCUGUCCAUCAGAUGUUGCAGGAAUCGUGCAUCAAUGGCAAUCUCUGCUGUUUCGUGGACAUGUGUCUGAAGCCUGCUGUGGGAUUGAUGCGUCAGAAUACAUGCAAGGCUCCGACACAGAUCACAUGCAAGGGUCUGACACAGAUCACAUCCAAAGAUGUACCUAUGAAAAGGAUAUCCUGUCGUCAAACAAGAUUCGAAACGCACCAGUUGCCCAUGCUGAAACUGGACUGUCUGUCCAUUAGACCAGAAAAGUAAACGAGGUAUUGCCAGAUAUUAUACGAAAACACAUGAUGGAUUAUAGAGAAAAUAUGUGAAUGGACUACUGGAAUCCGUUUCUAUGUCAAUAGCAGAGUCGUGCUGUAUAUAAGUGUCCGUUUCUCAAACCUGUGCUAUGAUCAAGUUACAGAAUUGACAUACUCUGGACUGAGACGAUUCAUUCUCUCUUUACCACUGGAAAAGAGGAUCCGCAUUAUAAUGGCAUUUAUAUUUAUGCUUGCUUCAAUGUUUUGAAUGUAACUGGGUAGGGUAGCAUCAUCCUGAGGAUAAAUGUGUUACAUGAAAUUUGUGCCUUGAACUUAAGUUCUUUGUGGCCCAUCUUGAGUACCAAGAAGGAAUUUGAUCGAGUGGUGCUUUG